AUGCAUUCAGGGACGUUUGUUGUUGCGAUUGUUGUCGCGGUGGUAUUAGGGUCGUAUAUAUUUCGAGUUCCGGCAAUAAAGAGGCAUGGUGAGAUCUUAAAACGAUCACCUAAUACACUUCCGUUGGUCGGCAAUGGCCUGUUGUUUUUACAAGCGCGCCACAAACUAUUCUCAUGGUUUGUGAAAUGCGAGAAAAUAUUCGGCUUCGAAACUUUUCAGAUAUCAAUUCCUACACUGCCUGGUGGUGUGGUAGUAAAUGAUCCGCAGAACCUUGAAUACAUUCUCAAACAGGAGGGAGUGUUUGCCAAAGGAGAUUUUUUCAAAAGACGAUCCUUCGAUCUUUUCGGAAAUGGUAUUAUCAAUGCCGAUGGAGAUUUGUGGAGAGUGCAGCGUAAAGCUGGAUUGAAUUUCCUAAAUACUUCCAACUUGAAAGUGCUUACCGAAAUCGCUCUUCCUAAGUAUUUGAAGGAGAACAUAUCAAAUCUUUCAAAAUUUGGAAGCCAAGAUGUGGUGGAUUUACAGGCUGUAUUUAAUGAACUGACCACUCAGCUUAUGGGGAAGAUGGCCUAUGAUAUGGAGAUGCAUGAUUCUGACCCUUUCUCCGAAGCGUUUGAGGUGGCAUCAGCCGCCACAGGAGAUAGGUUCCAGAACCCACUGUAUCCGAUCACAGAGGUAUUCUUUGGCAGUCGUUUUCGAAAAGCAGUGAAGGUCGUUAAGACUUUCGGUGACGAAAUAGUUGCGAAAGCUUCCGCUGACAGGAAGAGGUGUGAAGGCAGUGAUCUGGAAUCGAAAAGUGAUCCGACGAAAGAACUUCAAGCCGUGUCUGGAAGUCUGAUUGGAUCGCUGUUAGAUGCCAUGCCAGACCAUGAUACGGUUGCGGACGCUGCGUUGAAUUACUUGACAGCAGGUCGAGAUACAACUGCUCAAACUCUGACGUGGGCCUUUUACCUAAUGAUGAGGCAUCCAGGGGUGCUUGAGAAAGCACAGAAAGAGGCCGAAGGAGUUUUGACCGAGCACUCAGGCUCCUUGCCGAAGACCACAGAUAUUGACUCAUCUGUAUUUAAUACUUUGACCCUUCCAUACUCAAUGGCUGUAUUUUAUGAAACUCUUCGGUUCUACCCGCCAAUACCCUUUGAGCUCAGACAAUGUCAACAAGCAACCACUUUGCCCGACGGGACAUUCCUACCCGAAAGCUCAGUUGUUGUAUGGUGUCUUUGGGCUAUGAAUAGGUCUCAAUUAAUAUGGGGGGAGGACGCAGACGUAUUCAAGCCAGAAAGAUGGUUAGAGGAUGGCCAAUUCAAAGCGAGAACGGCAUUUGAGUUUCCAGUCUUCAAUGGUGGCACACGAAUGUGUCUGGGGAAGAAAAUGGCAGAAAUAGUCGCGGUCCAGACAAUCGCUACAUUCGUUCUCUCUUUCGAUUAUAAGCCAGUAGACGGCAAGGAGAGGGUUACCGCAAAUAGCUUGACUCUGCCGAUGGAGGGUGGUUUACCUGUUUAUCUGACAGCCAAAAAUUAG